AUGGCCGAACAAAAAAGUCUUGCGAAGGAUCUCUUCGAGGACAUGGGCCGCAAGGUCGACGAGGCGAGCGCGCAGCAAGAAGAGGACGACUCUAGGGUCGUCGACGAGAUUGAGAGCAUGUGCAUGAACUGCCACGACAAUGGCACCACACGUCUCCUCCUGACGAGGAUUCCCUUCUUCCGCGAGAUUGUCAUCAUGUCGUUUGAGUGCCCGCACUGCCACUUCCGGAACUCUGAGAUUCAGCCAGCGGGCGAGAUUCAGCAGCGCGGUAUCAAAUUCACCGUACGAGUGGACACGGCAGACGACCUCAGCAAGCAGGUCGUCAAGAGCGACACGGCCGUCUUCCGUGUUGAAGAGAUCGACCUGGAGAUGCCUCCUGGCCGCGGACAGCUCACCAACAUCGAGGGAAUCAUCUCGAUGGUGGCGCAAGACUUGGAGCAGAAGCAAGAAGAGAGGAAGGAGAAGAUCCCCGAGGUCUACGCACAGCUUCAGAAAGUGAUUGAUAGCCUCAAGGAGAUGGCGAGUGGUGCGAAGCUGCCUUUCAAGGUCACGAUUGACGACCCGGCCGGCAACUCUUCUAUCGAGCCACCCAACACGCUCUCGGCUGGAAAGUACGCUCGUCACGAGUACGCACGAACAGCGGCGCAGAACGAAGCGCUCGGCCUGGGAGACAGCGCUGCGCAAGAGGCUCCCCUCAACGUAGAGGCGCCGGCGACGGAGAUGCGCCCCGAGUACCACGCCCACCAGAUGUACCCUGAGAUGCCGUCUGCUCACCAGGCCAUGGUGAACAACGUCGACGACGACAUUGUGGAGGACCAGGUCUACUCGUUCCCGGCGACGUGCCCGGGAUGCACCUUGUCGUGCACGACCAACAUGAAGAUGGUCAACAUUCCGCACUUCAAGCAGGUUGUGCUCAUGUCGACCGUGUGCGAGCACUGCGGAUACCGAAGCAACGAAGUCAAGACGGGAGGCGAGGUUCCGGAGAAGGGUCGUCGCAUCACGGUGGAGAUCCAGAACAGCGCAGACAUGUCGCGAGACAUUCUCAAGGCUGAGUCGUGCGCCAUGUCCUGUCCCGAGCUCAAUCUCAGCGUGGAGCCCGGUACGUUGGGCGGCCGGUUCACGACGGUGGAGGGACUGCUGACGCAAGUGCGCGACGAUCUCCGGUCGUCCAUCUUCGACGUGGGCGAUGGCGGCGAUUCGAUGGACUCGACGUCGAAGAGCAAGUGGAACGUCUUCUUCGAGCAGCUGAGCUCGGCGAUUGAUGGCCAUGAGAAGUUUACGUUGAUUCUCGAGGAUCCCCUGGCGAGCAGCUACGUGCAGAGCUUCACGGCGCCCGAGCCGGACCCGCAGAUCAAGGUGGAGGACUACGAGCGCACCGAGGAGGAGGAGGAAGAGCUCGGACUCCGGGACAUGAAGACGGAGGGGUACGAGGAGGGGCACGCUGCCGAGCAAGCGGAGGAAGCAGCGCAAGCGGCAGCCAACGGUGCAUGA